GAGUACAAAACUCUAUUGCAUUUUACAUUAAAUCAGCAUAGUACUAUUUUCUAGUAGUAAGGUGUCUAAUCUGUUAUUUACCUGUGGCUUUUAAUCAUGACUUAGUGUAAACAUACGGAUAUGUGGUGGUUUUUGAUUUAUAUGUUUGUGAGCACUGGAAAUGCCUUAAGACUUGCUGCUUACAUUUCUUAUGGAGGACUUCAUGGAGAGAUCCGUUUUGAACAAGGUCCUGGAAAUUCAAUUAUCCUCAGGACUUCUUUACAUACUACUUUACAAUUUCCUGAUCAGCAAUGGCUUUGGUCUGUCACUCAAUUCCCAGUAGAUUACAGAAAAAUUGAAGAUCGAUGUGUUAACCAACAUCUAGGCAAACAGCUGAUUGACUUCACAGACCUUCUAGGUCCUCUAAGUUUACCUGGCAAUGAAUCAAUAGUUGUCGAGGUCCCAAAUGUCAGCUUGAUUGGUGAAAAUGGACUCUGGAACAAAGGAUUGUUACUCAAAGACACCUAUUCAUCUAGAACAGUUUGCGCUUCAAUAACAGUCCUUGAAAAAAAUGCUGAAAAAAAUGCCGAAGCUCGUUUUCAUGGGUCUAUAGCAGGGUCAGUUUGGUUUAGAUGGCUAGGGGGGAAUGCUGGAGAUACCACAACAGACACUUUGAUCUAUACUGAUCUGUAUCACACGUCUAAUGAAAAACUUCGUGGUGUUGAUUUUACUGAUCAUAAUUGGAAGAUAUAUGUAACUGAUGUCUUUGAUACUGUUAAGGAUAGAAGCAAUUGUAAUAUUCUUCAAACAGUUUUCGAUCCAGAUGAUGCUGGUACUGGGAAAUCCAUAGGAGACAUUGAUUCUCGAUUAGGAAAAGUAAAAGUAUCUACAGACACAAAAAACAAAUUUAAAGCUGUUUACAGAGAUCCAGUGAUAUCUCUUUUACCAGCAGAUCUUCUGGGAUCUUACAGAUCUUUGUAUUUGGUUAUUUUUCAUCCAACUCAUACAGACUCUGUCCUUGCUUGUGCAAAAAUCAAACACCAAAAAGUAGCUCUUGCAAAGAGUCUAUUUAACUCACGAGGAAUAAAAGGAGAAGUAACAUUCUCUCAAGAAACACCAUUCCAUGUCACUUGGGUCAACGUCUCACUUAGCCCUGUAAAUGAUCUAGAAACCAGACUUCGAUAUGAAACAAAAGUUGCAGCAUAUAAAAUUCAUGAAUUGCCUCGAGAACCACAGAAUUUUAAUUUAGAAUCAGGAGCAGAGUGUCAGACUACUAAAAACUUGUACAAUCCUGCUAACAUUGAUGAAAAAACUACACCUCCAUCUGGAUUAGGUACUCAAGAUCAGUAUGCAAUAGGUGAUUUGUCCGGAAAGCUUCAAGGUCGUAAAGAGGGAUCUCAUCAUAAUGAUAUUCUUCCGGGUAGUGCUAAGCUAAGUGGAAUUUAUUGGGAUACAUUUUUGCCACUAUCUGGAGUUUAUUCUAUAUUACAUAGAUCUUUGGUACUACACAAGUAUAAUGAGACUGACAAUAAAGGCAUAAUUCCGUGGGUAUGCGGAACGAUAGCUCAUCAAAUAUCACAAACUGCUGGACGAAUGCCAAUGUUGACAGCCCAAGCAGUUUUUAGGUAUCCAAUCGUUGGCAAAAUUAUUUUUCGUCAGCCUCAAAAUGAACCCGACAUGGAUACAACGAUUAUUAUUGAGAACUUAAUUCAUUCGGAUGGAAGUGCUCUCAAUAAUUCUGCUGAUCAUCGAUGGAUGAUACAUGAUCAGCCACCUGGUAAGGAUUACUAUAAUUGGACAGGAAGAUGUUUAAGUGCUGGAAGUCCAUACAACCCUCACAAGAUCGAAUGGAAUCCUGCCCAUCCUACGCCGUGUUCGAGUAACGAAAUCAGUCUCUGUCGUCUUGGUGAUCUAAUGAGACAUGGAACACUCAAUAUUGCUGGACAAAAACUAAAUGGAUCCAGAUUAACGCGAAAGCUCUUUACAGAUCCAUUUUUACCUUUGUCUGGCCCUUUUAGCAUCUUGGGAAAAAGUUUAGUUAUUUAUGAUGAUCAUGGACCAGUAGCUCGAGGAGAAAGAUUGGCUUGUACAAUAAUUGGCAGAGUCUACCGUAGAAAAGCCGUUGCCAAAGACUGGUUUGGAAAUAGUGAAGAAACAGGUGUUAGAGGCAAAUUAGAGUUCAUUCAACAGAAUGAGUAUGAUGUAACUGAUAUUGAAGUAAUGAUGGAGGGAUUAAAUGGUCAAGCUAGUACCUAUCACAUUCAUAUGACGCCAAUUGAAAUGGAUUUGGAGUUUCCGUGUGAAGCAACGUCUCUGUAUGAUAUAUUCAAUCCAACAAAUGUUACAAAGACUACUUUACCUCCAUCAGGAGAAGGCACAGUUGAUCAAUAUGAAGUAGGUAAUUUAAGUGGAAAGUUUGGUACUUUAGAUAACCGGAAAAGAUACUUAGCUACGUUUAAUGACACUUCACUUCCGUUAUUUGGGUAUCAAAGCAUUAUUGGAAGGAGUGUUGUAAUUCAGAAAAAACAUAGAAAUAUCAGAUGGGCUUGUUCAACGAUAGAAAGAGGAUAUGCACCAUCAGAAGCUAGAGAAUUAAGAGCUAUUGCUUCUUUUCAUCAUCCUCAAGGUUUUGCUUAUGGGUAUAUAAGAAUGACACAAUUAAUAUACAAAGAUGGUAGCCCAAGUGACACAAUAAUUGAAGUAAAGCUACGACAUCCAGGUGAUCAUGAUCGAAAUAUAACUAGGAAUCAUAACUGGGCGAUUUUCGUUAAUCCUGUAGGAGUAGAUGCAAUAGUAAAAACUCAAGAUACUCGUUGUGUUGCGGGAGGAUAUAUUUGGAAUCCUUAUUUUACGCAAUUAGCAGAUCCAUUAAAUGAAGAUCUUUAUAAACAAGAAUGUGGUCCUGAUCAACCUCUUCGUUGCCAUGUCGGUGAUCUCUCUGCACGACUUGGUCCUAUAGAUAUUGGCUUAGAGCGUCGAGUUUUUGCAGAUGCAAACUUUCCAUUAGAAGGUGCAGUAUCAGCUAUAGGCAAAUCUAUUGUCAUUAUGGAUCACGAUUUUAGCUCGCGAAAAUUUGCCUGUGCCACUAUUGAACCUGACUAUGACAUUGUAAAAUAUGCUAACAUUCAGAAGCCUCCAAAAUUUGUUACAGCUCAGUUUUUAGAAGAUGUAAGACACGUUAUGGGUAUUCCAGAAUGGAUGAUAUCCAUAGACAGUAGAAAGACAAAAAUUCUUCAUGAUGGAACUUGUAUACAAUUUUUCUUGCAUUUUCGGGGACCAUAUGCUAAUAAAAUUGAGCAAGACUUUAACAAGUUAAUUACAGCAGGAAAAUUAGAUGAACCAAGCAUUUCAAUUCCUGGUUAUGUUGCACCGAAACGUAAAAGAACUUUAGGGCAUAGGCAAUGUGGAACGCGAUAUCUAAAUGAUAAAAAUUUCAAUACGAAAUUUUCACGAAGUGAAGCAAAUCUUUAUCUGCCAUCUUUUGUUACAUUAAGUAUUUGUAUUAUUAUUCAUCACGUAAUUUAGUCAAUAUAAGUAUAUUUUUUGAUCGCGUAACAAUAUUAUAAGUCUUACUCUUAAUUUUUUUUUAAAUUUAAAUUCUGUUAAUUAUGUAAAUAUAUAAUAUAUAUAAUAUGUGUCGUAAUAGAAUCAAUACAAUAAUCACUGUGAUAUA